UGAGCUCUGCGGAUCAUGCGCAGUGUCUGCCGGCCUCUCUCCCCGUUCCUCCGAAGCUUCGUGAAGUUUCCGGAAGGUUUCGGCUUCUAUCGGCUCCUUCCGCCGCCCCCCACCCCCUCCAACCCCGCGGUUUCCUGUUGCCGCAUCCCGUUCCGUCCGCCUUGCCGCUGCUUUCCUCAGCACCGCGGGACGCCGCCAUGUCUUUGCUGUGCUACAACCGGGGAUGCGGGCAGCGCUUCGAUCCCGAGACUAACACGGAGGGGCUGGUCAUGCUGUAAGAGAAGAACAACAGACUUCUCUGACUUCUUAAGCAUUGUGGGCUGUACAAAGGGUCUCCAUAAUAGUGAGAAACCUCCUGAGCCUGUUAAACCAGAUGUCAAAAGUACCACUGAGCGAAAAGAGCUAGCUGAACUGAAACCCAAAUUUCAGGAACACAUCAUUCAAGCACCAAAACCAUUGGAAACAAUUAAAAGACCAAGCCCAGAUGAACCAAUGACAAAUUUGCAGCUGAAAGUUUCAGCUUCCUUGAAGCAAGCAUUAGAUAAACUGAAACUGUCAUCGGAAAACGAGGAGAAAAAAGAGGAGGACAGUGAUGAAAUCAAGAUAGGGACGCCAUGUAAAAACGCAGGCUGUUCAAAGACAUACCAAGGACCACACAGCAAUGAAGAAAUAUGUCAGUACCAUUCUGGAGUGCCUAUAUUUCAUGAAGGGAUGAAGUACUGGAGCUGCUGUAAAAGGAAAACAUCUGACUUCAAUACAUUUUUAGCCCAAGAGGGCUGCACAACAGGAACACAUGUGUGGACUAAAAAGGAUGCAGGAAAGAAAGUAGUUCCAUGCAGGCAUGAUUGGCAUCAGACUGGAGGAGAAGUGACUGUUUCUAUUUAUGCUAAGAACUCUGUUCCUGAUCUGAGCUACGUAGAAGCAAAUAGCACAGUGUUAAAUAUCCAUAUUGUAUUUGAAGGAGAAAAGGAAUUUCAUCGCAAUGUGAAAUUAUGGGGAGUAAUUGAUGUAAAGAGGAGCUACGUGAACAUGACAGCUACAAAGAUUGAGGUUACUAUGCGAAAAGCAGAGCCUCUAUUAUGGGCAAGUCUUGAAUUACCAGUAUCCAAAACCCAACAAACAAACGAGAAUUCAGAUCAAUAAUAAUUCCAAGAGACAAGAUUUCCUCUUGUGAAGUGGUGACUUGCUACUGUAAUCAAGUAUUUAAUUUUUAUAUAGUUUUUUUUAAUGUUAGAUCUUCUUCCAUUCUACAACAAAGUUCUAAUGCACAGCGAAUGAGUGUCAUCUUCAAGAGUAAUAGCUAUUUCUUCUGCUCUUGCUCCCAUGAGAAUAUUUAUGCUAGUUGGAGCGUCUCCAUGAGGAUUUAUAAUAAAAGAGCUAUUGCCUCCUGCUUACAACCUUACGUACUAUGCACUGACCAUGCAAGCAGAUGUGCUGUCAGUCCGCAGUGUGUGUUAAUUUUCCAAGUGCUGUGUUUAGACUGGGUCUCUUUGUUAGUACACGUUAGAAUUCUUCAUUGUGAAGCACACAAUUCUAAAGGGAAAAAAGCCUGACUUUUUGAAGUGUUGAACGUGCAAUUCCACAUCUACGUUAAAAAUACACAUGGAAGUAAAUGGUAAAAAGCACCUGUGUAGGCUUCUGCUUUUGUCUGCUGGAACUGAUGUUUGUUUCAAUACCUGUUGGCUGUAAAGGGAUGGAAUAAAAGGUAUUUUGAUAAGAGUUUCAGUACUUCCUGACCUGGAGAAUCAAAUCCAAAUAAAAACAAAGGUGGCAAGAGAGGAUAUUUCUUACUCUUGUACCUUGCUGUUUGAUUUGUUAAAUGUGAAAAUCAGAGGGUGGUAAAAUGAAUAACAGUACCUCAACGUUGGAAAAUGUACAGACUGCAGAACACUGUAAAACUGCCAAACUACUGUGAAUAUUUCACAGCAUCUUUAGAAUGUAUACCCUGUACUAUCCCACAGCAUUCAACAUAAUGAAUAUUGUCUGUGUGGAUGUCUGUAGUAGGAGAGGGCAGUACACACUGUAAUGUGUCUCAGGAAAAUUAUUUUGAUACAGAGAUGUGUUCUCUUGUUCUUGAGGACAGUGAUCUGAGAACUAAAUUUACCAGGCAAGUCUUAGCAGAAACAAAUAACAAGCGUUAAGAUGUCUGUCCCAAAUCAUAAGUGUACCACUGAAAUAAACUAUUACAAAAGUACCUUUUCUUUUGAAGAAGCAUAAGCAAAACUAUUAUUAGAAAUCCAGGCUUUAUGUUUGUUUCCAGUUCUGCAGCAUUUAGGAUUUGUGGCAGAAAGCAGGAUGAGGCUUUAACCUAAGCAAAAACUCCUGCAGUAAUGUUGCUUUCUCUUUCUGCCUGCAAAAGCAAUUUUGGGUUGCAGCUGAAACAGGAGGAAAAAACCCACAAUGUUUUCAUGUGCAAGUUAAGCAAAAUAUAUAUAACAUUAUUGUGCUAAAACUUAAGCACUUCUGUUGACCACAAAAUGUGCUGAUGUUCAUCUACCUACCUGAUAUACAAGAGAAAUGAAGAACACAGCAAAAGCCUUCUGAAAUUAAGUAGGGAUUUCUAAGACUCCUGCUGUUCUCCAGCAGGUAUAAUUUGAGGUGAGUCCGGAGUUCUGCCUCUAGCAGUAUUUAAAUCCCUGAAGUAGUAGCAAACACUUUACCAAAUGAACUGCCCCUCACAGCGAUGUUAAAUCUGUUUUGUUGGUUUUUUACCCAUUUUCUCAUCAACUUGGAGGAACUGUGGUUGCUUGGCCCUAAUUAAAACUUCCAUAUCAAAACUCUGUGGCACGUUCAACCAAAUUCUAAUGAUGCCUUUUUCAAAAUUGCUUUUGUCUAAGGGUCAGGUGCUGUGAAGUGGUAGGGUACAAGCUUAUGGAAGCAUAGGCCUGCAAGUAGGCCUCUAACUAUUGUUCCAGUGUUCUUCCAUGUGUUCUGAGCCAACAACUGGAGCUCA